AUGAACAAAGAAGCCUUUAAAGUUAAAAAAAUUUGCUAUUUGGCAUUUAAAAGGGCUGCAGAUGGCGAUAUGAAUGAAGUGAAAAAUUUAAUUGAUAUAUUUUAAAAGCAAAGGAUGAUUAUUCUUUCUAAAAUACCUGGGUGUUCUUAGCUUAGAAAAGAAGUUUGCCAUAUCGCAAUGUAACUUAAUUCUUAGCACACUGAAAACAAAAAAUAUUUCUCUGUUGGCACUAACUCUUAUAAUGGUAUGAUAAGCCAUAUGAAUAAUUACUUCAAUAUACCACAAGUAAUUGAAAAGGCGUAAUCAUUAGGCUAUUAGAAAAAUGAUUCUCCUGACCUUCUUAUAAGAGCUUAAAACCCUGAAAUUCAAAAUUUCAAUGAUAUGGAAAAAAAAUUCAUUGAUUUUUCUCGUUCAAUUUUUCUUGAGUUUUUUAAGAUAGUUGAUUAUUAUUUAAGAAACGAUAUUCAAUAACAAAAAAUUCACGAUCAAAAUUAAUGCUUGGAACAUUAUGUAAAAAGCUCAGAGGUAUAGAAGUAUAGAAAUAUUAUCUUGUUGCCAUCUUAAGAUUAGUAUGAAACCGCUGCAAUUGAUGAAUAAAAUCAGAUACAAGUUCCUUGGCAUUUCGAUGUUAGCAUGGCUACACUUUUGUUAAAAGAAAUGUAUAUUGUUAAAGAAUAGUCUAGCUAAUACUGUUAUAAAGAAAUACCAUAGCCCGAUUGUGGAGCUGGCUUGGUUAUUAGAGACGCCUAUGGAUCUGAUCAUGUUGUCUCUAUUGAAGAUGAUGAAGUAAUUAUAUAAGGAGGAAUCUCUUUGCAAAUAUUAAGUAAUGAUAUUCUAAAAGCUUAAGCUCACUGCGUAAGAAAACCUAAAGAUAGAGCUAUUGGGAGGAUUUCAAACACUACUUUUUUCUAUCCUCCUUUUGAUACAAAAAUGGAAACUAAUGAUUAGAAAUAAACAAUAGAAAUUUAAGCAUCAGAUAUGAAUGUCAUUGAUAAAAUAAUAAAAUUUUCUAAUCACUGGAGAUAAGGAGUUUAAUGGAUAGAAUUUCAUCACAAUUAAAUGCUCUAACAUCUUUUGAAAGCAUUUGUAAUAUAAUAAUAAAAAAAAUAUAAUAUUUCAGAAGAAAUUCAAAUAAAUUACCAUUCAGUGUAAGUACCAUAAGGAUAGGUUAAAAUAUAUUAAUUUAAUCAAAUUGAUUCAACAAUGGAUGUUGCUAAAUUCUGGUGUAAACAUUAUGUUUCUGAUAAAUAUAGUUUUGGAUUUGUAGCUGAUUAAUAGUCGAAUGGAAAAGGAUAAAAUUAAAAUUCUUGGCUAUCUCCUAAAGGUAACUGCUAUGUAACUUUUUUGAUUAAAUUUGAAAGCGAAUUGAGCUACUGUAUUUCACAACUUACAGCUCUUUCUGUCUUAGAAACCAUUGAGUAAUUUAUUGUAAAAAAUUAAGGAAGUAGCUAAAAUAAAAUUAUAUGUCCUUAACUUAAGUGGAUUAAUGACAUUUAUAUAAAUGAAAAGAAAGUUUCUGGUGUUUUAUGUACAAGCGAUGGUGAUUAUUUAUCUAUUGGAAUAGGUGUUAACUUAAAUUAAAAUCCAUUUUUAGAUACUGCUACUAGCUUAAAAAAAGAAUUAUAAUUAGAUGGAGAUAUAAAUGUAUUAGAUUUCAUAUAAAAUUUAUCCUAUAACUUAAUGGCUAAUUUACAAGAAGUUAGGAAUGCAAGAAGUUACGAAAAAUAAAUUGUUAAAAUAAUAUAAAAGCUAAUGUAUAUAAAUCAAAGAGUAAUUAUUUAUGACGAAACUCUUACUAUAAAAUUGUAAGAAGGUAUAUUUGUAGGAUUAAAUAAGUACGGAAAUGCUAUUCUAUAGGAUGGAGAUAAACAAACAACAGUAAUUCAUGGAAGGAUGAGAAAAACUCUCACAUGA